AUGGCGCUCCCGCCGCCGCCGCGCCGCUGCUUCGGCCGCUUCACCUUGGAGCCCUGGGAGCUGCCCCCGGUCUCAGACGACUGGCUCUUCGCCGGCCUGGCCGACCCCGGCGAGCGGCCCGGGCGCGCGGUGCCGGCGGCGGCGCCGGCGGGCGGGCUGCCGCGCGCUUGGCCCAGGAUCGGAAUCCGCACCGGGGCCAACACGCCCGCGAGCAGCACGACGGGUUCCGGCCCAAGCCUCAGCGAUGUCAGCAGUGCCGCGUCCGAGUGCGGCUCUGAGGCCAGCGCGGCGGAGGGGUCCGAGUGCGGCUCUGAGGCCCGCGUGGCGGAGGGGUCCGAGUGCGGCUCUGAGGCCAGCGUGGCGGAGGGGUCCGAGUGCGGCUCUGAGGCCAGCGCGAGUGAGACCACUUUGCGCGUCGGCCUGUAA